AAGUCGUACGUAAUUCUGUCGCCGUCAAACGUCAUACGAAGUGUCAAAAAGCCAUCGUCAAGGACUUUUGCAAUAAUUUUUGGUGAAAAACUCGGAAAAAACACAUUAAAAAUUAUUUAAAAUGUCUUACAUUGCACGUGUUGGUCCCAAAAAAAUUUCAAACUUCGGAAGAUGGUGUUACAACCUUACAGGAUUCAACAAAUAUGGUCUCAUGCACGACGAUUGUUUGUAUGAAGAUGACGACGUGAAGGAAGCUGUUCGUCGCUUACCUGAAGAUGUUCGUGAUGGCCGCAACUUCCGCAUGAUGCGUGCCCUCCAAUUGAGUUUGUGCAAGUCAAUUUUACCGAAAGAGCAAUGGACACAAUACGAGAAAGAUGUGCGUUAUUUGGAGCCCUAUUUGGAGGAAGUCAAGCGGGAACGCGAAGAACGCGAAGACUGGAACAAACUUCAUUAAAUUUGACGCCCGCACGAUAGCAGAAUAAAAAUAAUUGUCUAAAUUCAAUAAAAAUCUAUUGCAAAAUCUA